AUGGGGCCUGCCUGGGCCCAGGCCCACUUGACAGGUGAUCUCUGGCUGCCUCUGCUCUGGCUACUCUUGUCCCCGGUCUGCUGCUCCCAUGCCCUCCCGGGAUGGCGCUUCACUUCCUCUGAAGUUGUGAUCCCCAGGAAGGUGUCCCACAGGGUGAGUGGAGCUGAGAGACAAGGCCAACUUUCCUAUAAGAUCCACUUCAGAGGCCAAAGACACGUGGUUCACAUGAAAGUCAAGAAGAGUUUGCUGCCCAAACAUUUUCCUGUUAUCACCGACAAUGAUCAAGGUGCCAUGCAGGAGGACUACCCGUUUGUCCCUCGAGACUGUUACUACCACAGCUACCUGGAAGGGGUUCCUGGGUCCAUGGGCACACUGGACACCUGCUACGGGGGUCUGCAUGGCAUGCUGCAGGUGGAUGACUUCACUUAUGAAAUAAAACCAUUGGAGGCUUCUUCCAGAUUCGAGCAUGUGAUUUCUCUACUUGUGUCAGAAGGAAGACCGUCAGAGUCUCAAAGGUGUAAGAUUGAAGAACAAUCUACAAAUCAGGCAUAUGAAGAGGCAAUACUUUCCGGAGCUCCUAGGGCAGCCCCCGUUUAUUUGUGGUGGCCACAUAAGAAAUAUUUAAAAAUUCACUACACGGUUUCUAACACGUUAACUGUACGGAAUACUAAUUACACUCGUAUAAUUGAAAAUGUAGUGAUUUUGAACAACAUAUUACAUACCAUUUACAAACCGAGUCUCCUAGAUGUCAACAUACGUGCUUUGUGCAUAUGGGAUGGAAUGGACAGGAUUAAUUUUUAUGAGUUCUCGACUAUUCAAGCAGCUAUAACUGAAUAUGGUUUGUGGAAGUUCUAUGCUUUGUAUGAUGCAAUUCGUCAUGAUACCUCAAUACUUCUUACAGGACAUAGACUCUUUGGGGCUUUAUAUUAUGCCCACCACAAUGGAAUGUGCAACCCCAACUGGGGAGCAGCAUAUGUAUGUGUAACAAAUUAUCACAUAUUUUUAGCUGCAGCUAUUUCAGCACAUAUAGUAGGUCAUAGUUUGGGCAUACGACAUGAUGUACCCGGUUGUCAUUGCUUUCGAAGAGAACACUGUGUCAUGUCUCCAGUACCUGGUUUAUUGGAUAUGAUGAGCAAUUGUUCUUAUGCAAGUUUGCAUCACCGGAUUUCUGGUUGGGAUCCUUGUUUGAGCAUACCUAAUGUCCCAUACAGAAAUUUUCCUUAUGUAGCUGCUCGUUGUGGUGACCUAAUUGUAGAUCGGAAUGAACAAUGUGAUUGUGGCUCCUUAAAACAAUGUUCUAAGAAUAAGUGUUGCAAGACCAAUUGUGUCCUUUUCCGUGGCAGUGAUUGCAGUGAAGGACCCUGCUGUGCUAACUGCAAAUUUGCUCAACCUGGAAAGAUUUGCAGAGACCAACUUGGUAUUUGUGAUCUGCCAGAAUACUGUGAUGGGAAAACGCAUAAUUGUCCAAAUGACAUGUAUACCCAAGACGGAACCCCAUGUUCAGCAUUAGCUGUUUGUGUGAGAGGAAACUGUAGUGACCGUGACAUGCAGUGUCAAUCCCUUUUUGGCUUCCAAAUUAAAGAUGCUUCACCAGAGUGUUAUGAACAUUUGAAUAUACUAGGUGACCGAUUUGGCAACUGUGGAGUGAGGGUGUCACAAGGAGGAGCAAGACCUUUCAAAUGUGAAGAAGAUGAUGUUCUUUGUGGAAUGCUGCACUGUAGUAAUGUCCAUGAAAUUCCUGGUGGAGGUGAGCACACUACAUUUCGUCAUAUAAUAAUACCAGGUGUUACAAAAGAAAAAUGCUUUGGAUAUGACACACACCAUGGGACAGAUACGCCAGAAAUGGGGCUUGUAGUGGAUGGUGCAACAUGUGGCCCAGGAAAAUACUGUUUGAAACAGAAUUGUACUUUUUACGAAGACAUGGGUUUUGACUGCGAUGUCAAGACGUGCAACUUCAGAGGGGUGUGCAACAACAAGAAACAUUGUCACUGUAUGAAAGGUUGGAAACCGCCAUCGUGUGACGAGAGAGGAUUGGGUGGUAGUAUAGACAGUGGCCCCCCACCUGACAGAGAAGUAGGUCUCACACCCAAAAUAAUUGUGAAGGUAAACAAGGCAGUACUUCUACUGACUCUUCGCUUAAUUCUUUUUGUGACUUCAAUCAUCAUUGGUAGGUUUCAUCAUUUAGAAGAGAUACCAGAAGAGGAGAGACAAAGAAAACCCCCUAAACGCAAGUAA